AUGGAUGAGGCAGCAGAGGAGGUGACCCUGGUGCAAACCCUCACUGUGAGCACCAUUAAAGGUCGAUAUCUGUCUCUGUCUCCCUACUUCCAGCGCUGCUCGCUCGCCUCCUGGAUUAAAGAAAACAUCAAGAAGAAAGAGUGCUGCUUCUAUGUGGAGGAUGGCAGGGAGGGGAUUUGUAAGUGUGGUCACCCAAAGAUCCAGCACUGCGAUGAGGCCAUCAAACCGGAGGACUAUAUGGGGGAUCAGUGGGACAGACACAGACACGUCAGAGAGGUGCCCACCGAUGCCUUUGGAGAUCUCAGCUUUGGAGGACUUGGACAGAAAACCGGAAAGUAUGUUCGGGUGUCGUCGGACACGUCCUGUGAGAGUCUGUACCAGUUGAUGACAGAACACUGGAAACUGCGUUCACCGAACCUGCUGAUAUCAGUGACCGGCGGAGCCAAAAACUUCUACAUAAAGACUCACCUGAAGGACAAGUUCCGUCGAGGCCUCAUCAAAGUCGCCCAGACCACAGGUACAGCAGCCUGCAUAAGUGCCCAGUGUAAACUAAAUUACCACAUAGCUCUAGAUAUAAAGGGUUGUUUCCCGGCAUACUACUCUCUGGACGAGCAGGGUCAAGGCCAUCUCUCCUGUCUCGAUAUCAAUCACACUCACUUCUUGCUGGUGGAUGAUGGCACUUACGGACAUUAUGGAGCUGAGAUUGAGCUGCGGGCCCGUCUGGAGAAACUCAUCUCUCAGCAAUCGCUGGGAAAUAGAGGUGCAAGCAGUGAUUAUAUGGCAAAAGUUCAGCCAGAGAAUAUACAGAUUCAGGACAUCAUCCGAAUGCCUCAUUUGCUCACUGUGUUUCAUAUCGACGAGGAUAAAAACUACGAUGUUGACGUUGCCAUUCUACAGGCUCUACUGAAAGCCUCCAGAAGCGAUGAACACGCGGGGCGUCAGUCGUGGGAGAGACAGCUGGAGCUCGCUGUGGCCUGGAACCGGGUCGACAUCGCCGAGAGCGAGAUCUUCACCGAGGAGAGCCAGUGGACGUCCUGUGAUCUGCAUCCGGCCAUGUUUUCUGCGCUGGUGGGAGACAAACCCGAGUUUGUGCGGCUCCUGCUGGAGAAUGGAGUGUGUGUGAGGAAGUUUCUGGAGCAUGAGGACACGCUCUGUGAGCUUUACGCCCACCUGCCCGCCUGCUUCUUCCUGCGCAAACUCGCUAAAAGAGUCCAGGGUGGAAAAAUCCGCAGGGGUCAAGAGCCGCCGCCUGGAAGCACAAAGAUCUCCUUGAGUCACGUGGCUGAAGAAGUGCGCCACCUGCUGGGGAGUUUCACUCAGCCGUUAUACGAGCCGUCACGCUACAAGAUGACUAAAGAUGAUGUCCGUUUGAUGGUGCCGUCCAAAGGCCUGGUGGAUCUGCCGUGUUCGGGUGAAGAGUGGAGCGCAGACACGGUUUGGGACCCGGGACGGGAUCUGUUCCUCUGGGCCGUCGUGCAGAAUAACACAGAACUGGCAGAGAUCGGCUGGGAGCAGUGCAGAGACUGUAUCGCAGCCGCUCUGGCAGCCAGUAAGAUCUUGAGGAAACUGGCGCAGGAGAGCGGAGAGGACGACAGCGAAGAGGCAAAGGAAAUGAGAGAACUGGCCAGUCACUACGAGAAACAAGCCAUCGGUGUGUUCAGCGAGUGUCACAGCUGGGACGUGCAGCGGGCGCAGAAGCUGCUGAUCCGCGUGUCUCCGUCGUGGGGCAGAAGCACCUGUCUGUGGCUCGCGCUCGAAGCCAACGCAAAGAGCUUCAUCGCUCACUCUGGAGUCCAGGCUCUGCUGACUCAGAUCUGGUGUGGAGAGCUGUCUGUGGAUAAUCCACACUGGAAAGUGCUGCUCUGCAUGAUCUUCUUUCCUCUCAUCUACACCGGCUUCAUGACCUUCAGACGGGAUGAAGACAUCCAGAGACAGGCCGAGAGGACAGAGCAGCAGAAACUGGCCAUGGAUUCAGUCUUUUCUGGAAGCUCAGACACCAAACUCAAACGGCAUUAUCGGUUAGUUGAGUUACAGUUCUAUCAUGACUUUGACGGGCCUGGUUUCCGGAGGAAAGCAAAGAUGUACAUCAGUGAUCUGUGGAACAUUCUGGAUGUGCUGUCAAUCAUACUGUUCAUUGCUGGUCUGGUCUGCAGACUUCAGGCCUCCGGUACUGUGUUCUAUGUGGGUAAAGUUAUUCUCUGCAUCGACUUCAUCAUAUUCUGUCUCCGAUUAAUGGCCAUCUUCACUAUCAGCCGAACUCUGGGCCCCAAGAUUAUCAUCGUCAGGAAAAUGAUGACGGAUUUGUUCUUCUUCAUGUUUCUGCUCAGUAUCUGGGUGGUGGCGUAUGGCGUGGCCAAGCAGGGCAUUUUGAUUCACAAUGAAGACCGUCUGAACUGGAUCAUCCGCGGAGCCGUCUAUGAGCCCUACCUUAUCAUUUUCGGCAACGUCCCCACUAAUAUAGACAACACUCAGUUUGAUGUGGGCAGCUGUAGUGUGAACGGCUCCGAUCCUCUGAAGCCCAAAUGUCCUGUGCUGAACGAUGAUAACAUGCCGGUGUUCCCAGAAUGGCUGACCAUCAUCAUGCUGUGUGUCUAUCUGCUCUUCGCCAACAUCCUGCUGCUCAACCUCCUCAUCGCCAUCUUCAACUACACGUUCCAGGAGAUCCAAGACAACACAGACACCAUCUGGAAGUUCCAGCGCUACGAGCUGAUUAAGGAGUACCACAGUCGACCCGCUCUUCCUCCACCCUUCAUCCUCCUCAGUCACCUCCUCCUCUUCAUCAGAGGAGUGCUGCUGCGCUACCCUCCACAGAAACACAAACACUUCAGACAGGAGCUGGAGCAGACUGAGGAAGAGGAGCUGUUGUCAUGGGAGGCCUACAUGAAGGACAACUAUCUGGCAUCGACGCGGCAGGACGAGAGCCAGAGCGUGGAGCAUCGUAUCCAGGACACCGCAGAGAAGGUUGGCGUGAUGUCAGAACUCCUGGAGCGCGAGCAGGAGAUGGUUUCUGCCACCGUGGCAAAACGACUGGCCAAGCUUGAAGAGCAGGUCUCAGAGUCCACCAAAGCUUUACGAUGGAUUGUGGACGCGCUGAAAUCUCAGGGAUGCAAAUCCAAAAUGCAGCAGCCUCUGAUGACAGGUAAAAGCUCUGACAGGGACGACGGUGAAUCUAGUGGACAGGAGACAGAUGAGGAAUCAGCUCCUCACACGUUUGCACGUCAGCUUCAGUAUCCCGGCAGUACCGUCAAACGCUUCCCCGUGCCUGAGGAGAAGGUGCCCUGGGAGGUAAACUUCACUCCAUACCUUCCUCCAGUCUACAAUCAACAGGACAGCAGCGACUCUGACACUUCAGUCUUGGACAAGUACAGGAAUCCAGGAGGAAGGACUGGGAUUCGAGGAAAAGGGUCUCUGAAAUCCCUCGGUCCGAAUCACAUUCUCCACCCAAUCCUCACCAGGUGGCGUGAUGCUGAACACAAGGUGCUGGAGUUUCUCACCGUUUGGGAGGAAGCGGAGAAGCACUGGGCUCUUCCUGGGGGCCCAGUCAAAGCUAAUGAGCCUCUAGCACAGACACUGGAGAGGAUUCUGGGAAAAAAGUUACAUGACAAGACCAAGUCUCAAAUAGAGGCUGGAGAACAGGUGAGCAUCUCUGAUUAA